GCGCAGCUGCUGGCUGAGCUGGACUCGCUGACGGCGCUGGCCGGCGCCGGCCCGACCGACGAGGAGCCGGCGCGCCGCUGCACCGUCAUGUCCGCGCUCUACACGGCCGGCCGGCAGCUGCUGCGCAUGGAGACUACGGCACACGGCGCCGGCGACCAGCUGGUGGAGCUGACUUCGCAGGAGGGUCGCUGGUUCGUCGACGAGUUGUGCGCCGGCGACCUAAAGGCCAAGUUCUCGGGCAUCCUGCUGCCGGAGGGUCUGCGUUACGCCCAGCAGGAGGAGCCGUCCGUUCUGGCCACCAUCGCCAGCGUCAGUGACGUUAUCAACGCCGCUGGCAUUCCGCUUCAUGAGCUUAUCGACUCGCUGGAGCAGCACGUGCGCCACCUGGUGCUGGGCGUGCCGUCACAGCACGGUGCGGCGCUGGAGACGGCGCGCGUGCUGCUGGCCCAGUACCAGGCGCAGGUCAACAAACGCGAUGCCCAGAUGACGCAAGGCCAGAUGCUGCUCAUGGGCUUCGAUAUUCUGUUCGAGACGCUGGAGCGGCGCGUGGAGGCUCCGAUGCGAAGCCGGAGCACACGCGAGGUGCUCCAGCUGAUGACGUUCCUGCUGCGGCUCGAGCUGCUGCAGAACCUCUUCACCAAGUGUCUGCAGAACGCCGCCGCCUACACAGCUGUCACCACCAUCGCCACAAUCGUCGUCACCAUCACCGCAACCGUCAUCAUUACCGCCGCAACCAUCACCAGCGGGACCAUCGCCGUCAUGCGCAUCAUCACCACCACUCAACCAUCGCUAUGA